UCCAGUAUUUACCAAAGCACCGCUUGCCCGCUAUUGGUCACGCUUUUUGUGGUGGUAGUGAUUCAAAUUUGGCCGCGCUUCGCCGCAGCAAUGCAAAACAAAAAUGUCCGUGUGCUUAGGAGCUGCGCUACGGGGCGCAGGGACCCUGCGGGCUUGGUGUGUUUUACGGCCUUGUCGGGGACCCCCAUUAGUUCAAUUAGUGCCUAAGAGACACACUACCUCCUUACAACCAUCGAGGUUCAGUGCGGAUAAUUUCGUCGUGCGCAAAAAGCUGCGUGUGCUUCCCAAGGCUCCGCACAAGAUUUUAACACGCACCGUCCAACUAAGUCGUGUAUCGAAACAUGACCACGACCAUAACUCUUCGCUUAUCACACCAAAGAUUGAUGUCGACAGGGACAAAAUAACAGGAUGGAAAAUUGUGCGCGAGAUGUUCAAGUACAUUUGGCCUAAGGACAAGCCACACAUCCGACGAACAGUCUUGUCGGCGUUGGGUAUCCUGGUAGCCGCAAAACUGAUGAACGUGUCGGUUCCAUUCAUUUUCAAAUACCUCGUCGACAGUUUAAACGAAUACACGGGAAGCAAGCUUCACUUUGGUGAUGUUCCUUCGGCUAUCGCCUCCACUGCCUUCGCUCUUGUACUUGCUUUUGGCCUGGUUCGAGCCGGAUCGUCUGGCCUCAACGAGUUGCGUAAUGCUGUAUUUGCUUCAGUAGCACAACACUCUAUCCGCUCAAUGGGUAGAGGUCUAUUUAGCCAUCUUCACAAUCUUGACUUGGGAUUUCAUCUCCAGCGUCAGACUGGCGCCCUCUCAAAGGCGAUGGAUCGCGGCACUCGAGGAAUUAAUUUCGUCCUUACAGCUUUAGUUUUUAAUGUAGUGCCGACAAUAGUUGAGGUCGCACUUGUUAGCACGAUCCUCUGGUACAAAUGUGGAGGUCAGUUCGCGAUGGUCACCUUAGGAUGCAUUAGUUCUUAUACGGCAUUCACCCUGGCAGUUACGCAAUGGCGAACUCAGUUUCGUGUUGACAUGAACAAGGCCGACAACCGUGCAGGUUCUCGAGCUAUCGACUCGCUGAUGAACUAUGAGACGGUUAAGUACUUUAAUAAUGAAAAGUAUGAAGUUCAGCAGUACGACGCCAUUUUGGGUGACUACGAAAAGGCCUCUCUAAAAACAACAACCUCGUUGGCAGCACUUAAUUUUGGUCAAAACGCUAUCUUUAGCGCAUCACUGGCGACCAUUAUGUAUCUCGCCUGUAACGAAAUUAUUGGCGAACACCUAACUGUGGGUGACCUCGUCAUGGUAAACGGCCUCCUUUUCCAGCUGUCCUUGCCGUUGAACUUUCUUGGGUCCGUAUACCGCGAAGUCCGUCAGGCGUUAAUCGACAUGCGAACUAUGUUUGCGUUAUCACAAAUGGAAACUAUGAUCAGCAGUGUACAGAAUGGCCCUAUACUCAUUGUCACUAAGGAGAAGGCAAACAUCGAAUUCGAGAACGUCACGUUUGGCUAUAUUCCUGGCCAGAAAAUACUCGAUGGUGUAUCGUUCAGUAUUGCAACAGGGAAGAAAGUCGCCUUAGUAGGGGGUAGUGGUAGCGGGAAAUCAACAACAGUGAGAUUGCUUUACCGCUUCUUUGAUCCUAUCAGCGGCCGCAUUCUGAUCAACGGUCAAGAUAUAAGAAAGGUCAACCUGGACAGCUUGAGGCAAAAUAUUGCCGUUGUUCCACAAGAAGCCGUACUCUUUCAUGACACAAUCCGAUUCAAUCUCAAUUACGGUGAUUUAACUAAAAGCUCUGCAGACGUGGAAAGCGCUGCAAAGAUGGCAGAGAUUCACGAUUCUAUCCAAGGCUGGGCUAAAGGAUACGACACUCAGGUUGGUGAACGCGGUCUCAAACUUUCUGGAGGCGAAAAGCAGCGAGUCGCUAUCGCGCGAGCGAUUCUGAAAAACGCACCCAUUCUUAUCUUCGAUGAAGCUACAAGUUCUCUUGACUCCAUCACUGAACACAAAAUCAUGAUGGCCCUCGGGAGAGCUGCGUCAGGCAAAACGACGUUGUGCAUAGCUCACAGAUUAUCAACAAUUGUUGACGCUGACCAAAUCUUUGUCCUGCGCAACGGUUAUAUCAUCGAAUCGGGAAAUCAUAAGAGCCUUCUGGCGCAACCAUCCUCUUUCUAUGCGCACCUCUGGAAUCAGCAACAUAACGCGGCACUGAUUAGUGACAGGGUGAAAUGAAUCCCCGAGUUAAUUCAAUCGCUGUUCAAUCACCUAUUUUUCGGUACAACAAAUUUUUGUUCGUUCAUAAGAAGGACCUGAGAGAAUACAUAGGUGGAAAAGAUGACCAUUAAUUAUUGCAAGUGAGUAGGAGUAUAAGACAGAUCUCGGGAAUUUGGAAUGAGAUGUAAAAUUUACCCGCCGAAUGUGACUGCACAAACUGUUGUGGACUGUAUAGCGCAAAUUAUUCAAAACGAUGAAAACGUUAGGCACUAGGACGUUAUAAAGCGAACGUGAAUUAUUUAUUGGCGUCGUAUAUACCACACAGAAAUUUGUUUUAUGCAAAAUUCCACUGUUACUUAGUUGUUAGGUGUUGUAACCAAGUGCGUGUAUACGGAUAUACUAGUGUUUGGAGCCGUAUGUUUCGCGGAAUGCGGAAAUAAAAAAUUUGACAAUUUAAUUCGUAAGUUCGUGUUAUUCUUCCAACCACAUAUAUCGUAAAAAUGAACAGAAAAAGUGAAACGGCACCAACAUGACGGGGAAAUUUAAAUGUGGAAAGUAAUCUGAUCACAAGAGGCGAUUGAAUUAAGCCAUAUAAAUGUGCCCUGUUCACGUUUGCAGAAAUAUCACUCGUAUCUAAGAUGUUGUACCUCGACGUACCUGUGUUAAGUAUAUAGCAGACUUAUCUAAAGACGUGUUAUAGUUAAAUCAUGGGUUUGCUGUUCGUAGAUUUUGAGAUAACUAAGGAAUUGUGUAUACCCUAGGAAGGCUUGCUUUUAAUUAUUAGGUUUUGACACUUAAACUUCGAUG